AUGGAAUUGAUUGAUUUCUUUCUUUUUAUUCAUUAUCGAUGUUUGGCAUUCAGCUCGUUAUCUAUCUAUCUAUCUAUCUAUCUAUCUAUCUAUCUAUCUAUCUAUCUAUCUCAUUCAGCUUAUCUAUCUAUCUAUCUAUCUAUCGCAUUCAGCUUAGCUAUCUUUCUCAUAAUUAAUCUAUCUAUCAAUCUAUCUCAUACUGAUUCUUUCUGUCUGUCUAUCUAUCUGUCUAUCUCAAUAUGUUCAUAUCUAUCUAUCUCGUUUAUUUUGAAUUCUUUUUACCUUUUUUCUGUAUUCUUUCUUUCUUUCUUUCUUUCUUUUCUGUAUCCUUUUCUUAGUUUGUUUCUUCUUUUCUUUCUUUUCCAUUCAUUUAUUUAUUUAAUACUACCGUCUAUCUUCCAUUAUUCCCUUAUACAUUUAUUCUAUCUUCUUUCUUUGUUUAAAACCCUAAUGCAUUUCUUCCUUUCUUCCUUCCUUUCUUUCUUUUUUCCUUUCUUUCUUUUUUUCUUCAUUUCUUUGUACUUUUUUUACUUAACGAUUUCUUUAUUUUCUCGACCCUUUUCUUUCUUUUCUGCAACCCUUUCUUUCUUACUUUUCUUUCUUUCUUUCUUUCUUUCUCUAAUUAGUACUUGGUCGUUCUCUGCUGACACGACCGACGACACCGUGCAAGUAGAGAGGUCGCUUUAA